AUGGAGCUAGGCCGCACUGCCGAGGACCGAGUCCCUCCCUUCUCCGUCGCCCAGCCGAUGGAGGAGCCAAAAGUCAAGGAAGGACUCCACCCAACCGAGCCCAACGACAAGGAGUCGUACGACGACGUCCCAGUUCUCGACAAUGCCAAGCUCAUUGACGAUGAAACCCACGAAGCGAUCAUUGUCACUGGCGAGGAUGCCGCCAACUUUCUCCUGCCGAUCCGCGACGACGGCGACCCGGCCCUCACCUUCCGAAGCCUGUUCCUUGGAACAGGUGUCGCCGCCUUCCAGGCCACCAUGAACCAGAUCUACAGCUUCAAACCCACGUCCGUCACCAUCUCCGGCUCCUUCAUCGUCCUCAUCAUCUUCUUCAUCGGCCGUUUCUGGGCAUAUGCUCUGCCCCGCGGCGACCGCCUUCACAAGCGCUGGGUUGAAAAGGGCGGAAGCGGCAGCAAGCCCUUGUGGCUGACGUUGGCCCUUCUCCUCAACCCCGGCGAGUUUGGUCUCAAGGAGCACGCCGUCGCGGCGUUGUGCGCUACCUCGGCGUCAAAUGCCACGGCUUCGAUUAACGUGUUCACUGUCCAGAAACUCUUCUACGACUCGCACCCCGACGCACUCACUGUCAUCCUCACCAUCCUCUCCACCGGCCUCUUCGGCUACGGUCUCACAGGCCUACUCCGCCCCGUUACAGUCUGGGACGUCGAGGCAGUCUUCUGGACCAACAUUCCGGUCGUCAAAACCCUCCAGGCGCUGCACUGGGAUGGCCUCAAGACCUCGAAGCCUCUCCGCGUCUUCUGGUACUGCUUCAGCGGCAUGGCCGUGUGGCAGGUCUUCCCGGCCUACGUCAUGCCCUAUCUGAAUUCCGUGUCGAUCCCCUGUCUGGCCGCGAUGCACGCCAAAGGCAACACGGGGAAGAUUCUCAACAAUAUUUUCGGUGGAUCACUCAACAACCAAGGUCUGGGGCUGUUCUCGGUGUCAUUCGACUGGCAAUACAUCACUUCCUAUUCGACGUCUUUGCCGCUUAAGAUGCAGGUAAACUUCCUCCUGGGCCUCAUAAUUUGUUACUGCGCAUACUUGGGUGUCUACUACACCAACAGGUGGGACGCCAAGUCGUUCCCCUUCAUGAGCAACACUCUGCGCCGCGCCGAUGGCGGCCGCUACGUCCCUACCCAGGUGUUUAUCAAUGGCCGCCUCGACGAGGCCAAGCUCGCCGAGUACGGUCUCCCCUACCUCUCUGGCAGCUUUGCCUACUCGCUCAUGAUCGUCAACUCGGCGCUUGGAGCCCUUCUCGCCCAUGCCCUCUUCUUCUGGAGCGGAGGUAUCAUCAAGUCGAUCAAGAACGCUCGCAAAGGAUUCUUCCCAGACCGUCACCACAACGCCAUGAAAAAGUACAAGGAGGUCGAGUGGUACUGGUAUGUCUCCCUCCUCGUCCUCUCGUUUGUUUUCGGCAUCGUUGUCGUGGCCAAGCGCGACGUCGGUCUUCCCAUCUGGGGCUACAUUCUGGCUCUCGCCAUGGGCUCGCUGAUUGCCCCGCUGAACACCAUCCUGUACUCCCGUUUUGGCGAUGACAUCUCCACCCGUAUCGUCAUGAAGAUGAUCGCUGGUUUGGCUAUUCCCGGCCGCCCUAUCGGCAACCUCUACUUUGGCGCUUGGUCGUACGCUAUCGUCGAGCAGGCAGAAAGCCUCUCGAGCGAGCUCAAGAUGGGCGAAUACCUCAAGAUUCCUCCCCGUGUCAUGUUCACGACGCAGAUUUGGGGAACAGUGUUCGGCGCAUUCAUCAACUACGUCGUCAUGGUUAGCAUCACCAACCGCUACGGCGACCUCCUCGCCGACACGAACGGUUCUAGCACAUGGAGCGGUGCCAACUACCAGGCCAUCAACGCCAACGCCACGACCUGGGCGCUUGCCAAGUACUUGUAUGCUUCCGGGGGCCGCUACGUCCAGGUCCCCGCCGCCAUUGGGUUUGGCUUCCUGGCCGUCUGUAUUCACCGCCUCAUCUACGUCUGGGUCAAGAAGAUUGGGCCGAUCAACGUCAACGACAUCAACCUCCCUCAGCUUCUCUCAUACUCUGGCUCGCUUGCCGGUGUCAGCCAGGGCUGUAUCCUCCUCUCCCGUCUUAUCGUCGGAUUCUACACCCAGUUCUACCUCCGCAACUACAAGCCCAAAAUCUUCUCCAAGUACUCGUAUCUCGUCACCGCUGCUUUCGACGGUGGCUCUCUUGUCGUGCUGUUCAUCCUCUCGUUUGCCGUCUUUGGUGCCGGCAACAGCCAGCCUGUCUACUUCCCCGAGUGGUGGGGCAACCUCGAGUGGCCAAAGUACCUCGACCACUGUCCUCAGAUCACGUCGUAG